AAACGAUAUACUUCCAAUUGUGAUGGGUGCAUCGAUAGAAGAAUAUGAAAGAGUCGCUCCUCCAUACUCGUUUAUUCACGUUGAUCAAUUCGAAUCACCAGGGAGACUGGCAGACUAUUUGAAGUAUUUGGACACGAACGAUACUGCAUAUAAUGAAUAUUUUGCAUGGCAUGGUCAUGGAAUCAUACAUGAUUACGAUGCCCAACCUCAAUGUGCAAUGUGUCUACUAGCUCAUACAUCUCAUUCAUUUGGUCCAUAUUGGGUUCCGCGUGUGGCACGAUGGUGGAAUGAUGGAUGUAAUGGUCGGAAAUUGCGUUGGAAUCCAUGAAACAUGAAUAUUGAGAACAGAAACAUUGUUUUAUAUUAGAUUGUUUUAAAUUGUAAUGUACAUAGUGCUUUCUGUGGUAUAGAUCAAAUUAC